UCGUUCGUGUUCAAGGGAUGAAAACCAAAUGAAAAUAUUUUCAAAAAAAGAAAAAAAUUAUUUUAUUUGUUCACAAAUAAACUCCAUUUGUUUAAUUUUCGAUUUACUGAAAUUAUCUAUUAGCUUUCCUGAAAAACUAACUGCAACCGCAACUUUCUAUUCUACUUGUUUGUUUAUUUUGACUGGCUCGUUGGUUGAUGAACUAUUAGCAAUCAAAGAGAAUUUUAUGCAUUUUAUUCUAGUUAUAUUACAUUUAAAUUUUCUUCGAAUUUAUUAUUAGUGUUUUUACGGUUCGGCUAUAUUAAAUAAGUUUCCAAAAUGUCUCUUAUGUCAGAAGAACGACGUAAAGAGAUGGAAGAAGAGAUGAAUCGAUUUGAGCUUGAGAUUGCUGGACCUGGCGAAACUAAAGCCUCUUCAACUGCUCCAUCUUCAAAAAACAGCAAACCGUUGUCUCCCCCUCCGGCUCCUCCUUCAGUAUCAGUUCUAAUUCCUGAUGCUUUAAUUAAAGCUCCUCCGCCUCCACCGCCACCACUAUCUCCUCCUUCUUCCACCACUCCUACUAUGUUAAGACCACCGCCUCCACCUCCUUCUCUUCAAGGUCCACCUCCUGCAUCUCCGCAAUCUCCUGCUUCUGUACGAUUUAUUCCUCACCAAUUGCAAAGACAACCUCCUAAACCUCCUUUACGCCCAAAUUACAUGUCAAUGAGUGGACCUCCAGGUCCCUUUCCACCCCCUGGUCCUUUUGGUCCACAACAUCAAGCACCCCCUAUGUCAUCUAUGCCACCAAUGGGUCAUAUGUCUAUGGGACAUAUGCCCCCUAUGGGCCAUGUUCCAACAGGACCUCCAAUGCCACCCAUGCAUGGACCUAUGCAUCCAAUGUCACAUGGAGUUAUGCCAAUGCAUAUGCCUCAUCAAAUGGGUAUGGGCCUUCCAAUGCCCCCUGGAUUCUGUCCUCCUUCAGCAUUACCAAUGAAUAUGACAGGAGAUUCAAACGAGCAACAAUAUUUUAACCCGAAUAAUUCAGCUCAAGGUGACGAUAUUGAUGUAUCUGCUUCGGAUGCGCCAUCUUCAACUAGUGAAUCUUCAUCAGUUGUAGAAGCCUCUCCUGCUAUUUAUGCUGCCCCUUUUGUUAAAACUCUUUCAGAAAAUGCAUCUGCAACUGUCUCAAGUACAAAUGGACAGAUUACUACUACUACAGUUAGUACUUCAGCUAAUGUUUCUAACUUUCAAAAAGUCAAUAAAUCAUUUCCAACUAAAACCGAAGACUCUACUGUUGGGCCAAAUGUGCCAACUUCUACAUCAAAUGAAGAAACUGUUGUUAGUAAAAAGAAAGAGAAGAAAAAGAAAAUUGUUCGUAUGGCUGGAGGUCAAGCAUGGGAAGACAAUUCGCUUCUUGACUGGGAGACAGAUGAUUUUAGAAUUUUUUGUGGUGAUCUUGGAAAUGAUGUAACUGAUGAAGUUUUGAUUAGAGCUUUUAGUAAGUAUCCAUCAUUUGGUAAAGCCAAAGUCAUUAGAGAUAAAAGAACAAAUAAAACUAAAGGAUAUGGAUUUGUAAGCUUUAAAGAUCCUCAAGAUUUCAUUAAAGCAAUGAGAGAAAUGAAUGGUAGGUAUGUUGGAAGUCGCCCAAUCAAGCUAAGAAAAAGUACAUGGAGAGACAGAAAUAUCGAUUUAGUAAAGAAAAAACAGAAGGAAAAAGAAAAACUUGGACUCCUAUGAUUCGAAAUCCCACUUGUUAGGAAACUUCUUAUAAUAAAGAAUCUGGAAGACCAUUAUGUCAUCCUGAUCGAAGAACAUUAUUUAUUUUUUGUCUCCUAAUAAUCUGUAAAUACAUUUUCAUCAAAAAAUUGCUUAUAAAUAAAUGUUAUUGUUUCAUCCUA